AUGGAUCUCAGCCGUACCAAGUACAAGCCAUCCAUGCUCCUUCUCAAGCCCAGAUAUCCGAUACGGCAUGUGGUUAGGCUGGCGGAGUCCUCGAAGGAUGUCAGCCUGAUAGAGAAGUAUUGCUUUGAAUUCGGGUUCCCUGUUCAUCCAUCUGAAGUUGAACUGGCAGAAUCUUCAAGUCGACCGAGAUACGGAGUAACUACUGGGAAGAGUGAGAAUAGUCGAGAAACAUCGUCGAUUCCAUUGGAUGAUUAG